AUAUAUAUAGAGAGUUCAAAUUGAGUAAAUCUUCAUGUUCCUAGCUACAUCGACACGAAAAUGGCGCCAUUUUCUGUUGUACUCUUGUCAUUGUUGGUGACAGCAAUAGAGAUGAAAACUCUCGAACCAGAAGAGAAUGCAGCAGAGACAAUAGAAAAAAGGGCGCCUGCUUGUUAUGGCUCACUUGGUUGUUUUGCAACAGAAGGAGCUUUUGGAGUCAGCCUUGAACGCCCUUUAGUUCUGACACCCGAGUCCCCACAACAGAUUGGAACUGUGUUCAAGCUUUACACUCGUGAGUUCAGGACGACGUCUCAAGAUCUGCAGGCUAUUCACAACAACAAUGCUGCCACCACAUUUUCACACUUCAAAGUCGCCAAAACAAAAAUUGUGGUGCACGGUUUUUUGGACAACCCUGCCAUCACUAGCUGGCAAAAAGAUUUAAAAGAUGAGUUCCUUAAACAAGAUGAUUACAAUAUUAUUGUCGUGGACUGGUCAAGAGGCAAUUUACCCCCUUACACACAGGCAACAGCCAACACUCGUGUGGUCGGAGCUCAGAUUGCUGAGUUGGUUAAAGAAUUGAUAAGAACGAAGGGUGUAACUGCAGCAGACUUUCAUAUUAUUGGACACAGUCUUGGCUCACAUAUUAGUGGCUACGCUGGAGAGAGAAUUCCUGGCCUUGCUAGAAUUACAGGUCUGGACCCUGCUGGACCUUACUUUGAAAACACUGAUCCCACUGUGAGACUGGAUCCAACAGAUGCAUUGUUUGUGGAUGCUAUCCAUACAGACAGCGAGUCGUUAAUUCAAUUUGGUUUGGGUACACGCGAACCAGUUGCCCAUUUGGACUUUUUUCCUAAUUUAGGUCGUGACCAACCCGGGUGUACUCGAAACCCAUUCACCCAGAUAGCUGAGUGGGGCUUGGUCCAAGGGACAGCCGAAGUUGUUGCAUGCAAUCAUUUCAGAGCCAUUCACUUCUUUAUGGAAAGUGUCAAUAGUCCAUGUCCGUUUAUGGGAUAUGCUUGCGUGACUGAAGAUGACUUCACGAGUGGUAGAUGCAACUCGUGCGGUACUGCUGGCUGUGCUUACAUGGGACUGCAUGCUGAUAAAAACAUUCCACCUAGAGGACAGUCCAGAAAGAUUUUCUUUACCACAGCCGCUCAUAGACCUUUCUGUCAGUAUCACCUAGAUAUCAAUGUGAAACUCUCCGCUGGAACUGGUCAAACUGAACGUGGUCAACUGUUCGCUGUAUUCACUGGAGAUAAAGGCAGCACUGAAAAGAUUCAACUGAAUGAAGACCCAAUUGACUUCCAUGUUGGUACAACCUACCACUUUAAAGUGGGCACUGCUAAGGACAUCGGCAACGUACAAUCAGUGACACUUUCAUUUACUCACAUCGCCCCACUUCUGAACCCUUUUCAGUGGGACAUUCUGGGCUUGAGGGGACCAAAACUUUACAUCUCAGAAGUUGACGUGGACAGGAAAGAAGCAAGCGCUGUAACACGUCUAUGCACUGGUGGAGUUAGUGUUGAAACUGAUCAUUCUAUCGUUGUAACAAGAGCUUGUUAGAAAUUUCCCAAUUGAUCCGUGACUGUUAUAAUUCAUUUGGUCUCAAAUAGUCGGACAAAUAAAAUUGUUGAAAUAAAUUCA